CACAUGCAUAUUGGUUGCAGAAAAUGGCGGACGAAUUGAAUCGAGGAAAAUGAUGUAAUUUUUUUUUGGUCAAAUUUAACGAUUUACCAGUUAAAUAUCGUAAAAGAUGGUUCAAAUACUUGUAAAAUUUGAACCUGCAGAGAAAGACUGGAUUGUAAUUGAACUGCAAGGUGUGUUGGAGAGCAACAAGAGUGGUGGAUAUAAUGGGUUACCUAUCGGAGACCUUCAUUUUGAUGAAAAGGGACAGCCAUUGCUAAUCAUUGGCCAUCAUUUAUUGAGUGGCAAGGUAGUUACUCUUGAGAAACCAUUUGCCGUGUUAAAAAAAACGAAAAUCAUCCAAGAAGAGGGAUGCCAACCAACAACUGAAUAUAUUGUUCAAGCCCUAAUAAGGAAGAAGAUUAUUUUCAAGACGAGACCAAAGCCAAUCAUUGUAAAGAAAAAGAAGAGUAGAAAAUAAAUAGUUGUGCUGGAUUUGAUUGCUUUUCAUAGACAAAUGCAAAACUUAUUAAGUAUAAUCUGAUGCCUUGGCUUUACAUUCCAUCUGAAAGGGGCCACUUCAUGAGUUAGCCAUACCACAACACCAAUUGAAAUCUUUUGAUUUGAAAUCAUUUGAAAUGAAAUCUUUGAAAAAUGGUGCACUUUA